AUGGAAAACAAAGGAAACACUACUUGGGAAUACUUUGGAGAAGAAGAAGAAGAAGAAGCGGAGGACACUCUUUCUUUCUGCAACCUCAACAUACAAGAAUACAAAGAAUGCUCCGUCCUUCAAAGCCCUAGAGAUUCCUCAGCUCAGGAUUUGUUUGAGUUCUUCAGCGAUGAACGAAGCCCUGAAUUUUUCAGCGCCCCAGAUGUCGUUUUCUGCGGGAAACUCAUGCAUGAGAACCGAGAUGAUCAGCUCAAUGAGUAUCAAAAGAGAGACUAUCUAACCAUGGUCAGAUCCCACUCUUUUCGUCCUUCUUCUCGUGAUGAAAAGGACCGUUCUACGGCGACAAAAAGCUUGGUUUCUCGCCAGAUUUCGAGUUCUAAGUCUCGCGUGGGUUCAAUCUAUCGUGUGCAGAAUGUGAACAUAUCUGGUUUGACUUCCAUGUCAAAGAAGUCCAGAAGAAGAAUGUUCAUGUUUGGACCAGUCAAGUUCAAGCCAGAAAUGGAGCUGAGUGCUAUUAAGGAGAGGCAAGGCCGUCGUUCGACUACUAGUACCACCAUGUCGCCGCCAACGCAGGUAAAGGAUGGCGGAAAGGCGGUGGUCAGAAGUGGUGGGAAGGCGGCACCAGCAGCAGAUAAGGGAAAGAGGAGUGGCACCUGGAAUAUGGUGAGGUCGUUGCGGGGCAAAGGCCACCUCACUGCCGUGUUGGCCAGGUCGUUCGGGUGCAUUCCAGCUGCUGCUAGUGUGGGAAAAUACCUUCCAGUGGCCAAUUAG